AUGGAGCCGUCGUUGGCCGGGGACCCCGAACGACGACAACGGAAGCCGCCAAAGUCAAGAGCCCAUCGCGCUUUCAACCGGAUCAAGAACAAGGCGGUUGUGGACAAGCUCGUGUCCAAGUUCCCCGCGCCGACUUUCACCGUGAUGUUGUUCCACUACGACGGCACGGUGGAGCAAUGGGGCGACCUGGAGUGGUCGGACCGGGCCGUGCACGUGGCGGUGCGGGGGCGUACCAAGUGGUGGUUCGCCAAGCGGUUCCUGCACCCGGACGUGGUGGCGGAGAACGACUACGCCUUCGUGUGGGACGAGGACAUCGAGGUCGACGCCUUCAACCCCAUUAGGUACCUCGGCGUCGUGCGGAGGGAGGGCCUCGAGGUGUCGCAGCCGGCGCGCCGACGCGCCCCGAGAUCCACCACGCCAUCACGGCACGCUACCAUUGUUGUUGACGGCAGACGGCGUGCACCGGCAGGCGUCGCGAACGCCUGGCUGUGGACGGUGGUGACACAGACCGGGCGCCAUUUCCGUAUCCUGCGGCUUUCCCGGGCGCGGACGUGCGCUCCUGCACGCCGCGGUUUCCCACGCGCUAUUCGGCGGACGGCUCCGGUCCGACCGUUCGGACCGGAUGCUUUCCGGGUGCAGAACGACCUCAUCCACGGCUGGGGGCUCGACUACAGGCUAGGAUACUGCGCGCAGGGUGACCGUGCUCUCAAUGUUGGCGUAGUCGACAGCGAGUACGUGCUCCACCGCGGCGUCCCCAUACUCAGUGACGGCGGCACGGCGACGCCGUCGGCGGUGAGGUUGUGA